AUUUCUCGCUUUUGAUCGUUGUUGUUGUCGUCACGUUUGACUCGGCACCGGUUACACGAAAGUCGUCGAUUUUUUGGAAGCCGUGAGUUAUUUAGUUGUGUGCUGGUUGUGUUCGAUCGAUCAUUAAAUAGCGUGGUGACUAUUUAAGUUUAUUUCCUGGAACGGUAUCGAAGUGCUUUUAAUACAAUAAAUGUAAUCACGCAGUGCAUAUAGGAAUAACGAAAAUUAAAACUAACGGUGAUUUUACGAUUGGAGUGUUUUAAAUACAGAUUAAUAAGUGUGUGUUAAAUCUUAAACAAAGUGGAAGUUAUAAUCAUUCUAAAGUGAUUAAAUCAAGUGUAACUUGAGUGCAGUUAUUGAAUAAAUUCUCUAUCAUGGAUGAGGAAGCAAUGUGGAAAGGAUUUUAUCAUGAAAUCCAAGAAAUGAAGAAACAACCUGUUUCAGAGAAUCAAUCAAUAAUCCAAGAUUUGGACGGAGGCUUCUUCGAAAAGUUUGGUUCAAUUUUACGCCAAAAGUCACUAAACCACGACGAGAUUAUCAAUGCGCGGUUGGAACCAUUUCCCGAAGAAAUAACAGAGGGUGUUCAGUUCGCUGGUGCUCAGGAGUCUGUUCCAGAAGGAGAUGACAGCGGAAACGAAACAUUACCGGAAAGCGAUACCGAAGAGCAACAAACGAAGCAGAAUGAGUUUAUUGGUCACGCAUUUGGAUGGAAUAUCGAAGAGCUGUAUGAAGAAAUUCUGUACGAGAUCAUUCACAACAUCGGUUGUGACGACGAAGACCUGACUGAGGAUACUCUGAUCCAUUAUGUCCAAGAUGCAUUUAAAAUAUCCAACGAAAAGCAUUUGGAAAUUUUCCAAUCAGCCCGCAGCAAGGAACCUCCGGAAAUAUGUCUCAACGUUGAAAUAAUCGAAGCAAAAGAACUAGAACCCAAAGAUUCCAAUGGACUGUCAGAUCCAUUUGUAACCAUGUACAUCGCCUCAAAUCCAACUCACCGGUAUAAUACAUCAGUUAAAUCGGCUACCUUAGAUCCAGUGUGGGAGGAACAUUUUUCACUGCCUAUUGACGAGAAUGCAAAUGAUGCCAAUCUAAUUGUGGAAGUUUGGGACUUCGAUCCAGCAGAAACAGUCAAGGAAAAAAUGAACAAAGUUUUCGAUGUGAAAGGCGUGCGUGGUCUAAGAAAAUUAAUGAAAGAAAUUGCUGUCACGGCUUCCACAGGAAAGCACGAUAAUGAACUGAUCGGACGUGCUAGUAUACCGUUAAAGUCGAUUCCCGCAUCUGGUUUGGUUAUGUGGUACAAUUUGGACAAGAAGAACAAACUGAAGCGCCAGGGGACGAUUCGUAUAAGACUGAAUUUUAGCUCGCAGAAAAACAACCAAGUUGCAGCACAAGAACAUCGACAUUUGCUGAGAAUUUUACUUCUUCAUGAACUCGAAACAUCUAAAGUAGCGCAAUACUGGUGGUCAGGAAAAUUUACAGUGCAGGGCGAAUUCGUCCUCACACAGCACUCGGCCCAGAGCAGUCUGUCCUCUACUGCAGUUGCGUUCAUCCAAUGGUCCGUGUAUGCCUCAAUUCAUCUCGAUCAUCUGCUUUCGUUUAGUCUGUUCGAUACCUUACUAGAAAAACUUAUUCGUCCCAUUCAAACAAAAUCGGUUUCGGAUGAAGAACUGAAAAUGUUUUGGGAAGCUACUAAAAAACUUUUACCAUCUUGCUUCUCAAUCAUUCGUAAACUACGCAAAAAAACCGCUGGAGAUAAACUAGUCGUUAAAACGCUAACUGAUGUCCUGAACAUUCUUGCAAAAAUUUCAAACUUAGUACCACCGGUAGAAAUGGAUUUGUUUCCUGUUCAGCAAUAUGGAUGGAUGCGACAUGCGGAUGAUGACGAACCAAGUUGGAACAUUAGAACAGCAUUAGCUAAUGCGGUGUCGUCAGGCACUGAAGAUUGGUUCAACAGCAUCAAAGAAGGCCAUCAUGUCGAGUCUGGAGUGGACGACGAUCGUUUACAGAAUCUAAUCAAGAUAAUCCAGUUAGUUCGCUCAGAUAUCCAGCGCUCGAUUGAAUAUUACGAUAAAAUUUUUCAAGAAAUUUUUCAUUUCUUUUACACCAGAGAACUCUAUAUUGUGUAUGAACUUAAACUAGCGGAGCUUAUAAAACCCUGUGUAGAAGAUAUAUGCCGAGAAUUGAAGCGAAUUGAAAUUCCCGACUCUAAUACUAGUGGGUCGGUAGAUUACGAAAACAUCAACAUGGGGACAACUCUAUUCGAAUUAUAUGUGGUACUCAAACGAUUUUCGACACUUGGUCCGGCGCUAAGCCCGGGGGAGUCUAACUUUGCGAUCGAUGAGUACCAUCGUUGGUUCAUGGCAGGAGUAACACAUUGGCUUGACAUAGCCGUAUAUAAAGCACUGACUAGAAUCAACAAAGCAAUCGAGCUCGACAGACUACAACCGGAGGAUUCAACUGUGAAAUAUUCUUCUUCGGCAGUGGAUACGUUGGCAAUUUUCUACCAAAUAAAAAUUUUUUGGCAGCAGCUCGCCUGGCCAGAUGUUGAAGGGGCCUAUAUUUUCGUAGCUAAGAUAGUUGAUGACAUCUGCCGUUGUUGUGUUUUCUAUGCCGAUCGUAUGUCAGCGCGAGUUGAAAACUUGGGGAUAGUUGAAAAUGUCUACGAGAAAAAGUUCGUGGUAACGCAAGAAUGGUGUCUGGCUAUCAACAACAUUGACUAUAUCCGACAAAGUUUGAGGCCCUUUGCAACUGAGCUAGGUGUCGAUGACAUUAUCGCAAAGUUGUCAGAAGUGGAGAGUCCUAUGGAAGCGGAUCGUUGCGCGGAUACCUUACGUGCUGUACUAGAAAAUGCGAUCGACACAGAACGAAAUAAGAUUUUGGAUUUGGUUGAAAAAUUGGCACGAAAAAUGGCUCCACCGAUGCGAAGAUUCCUGGUCGAAGGAGCAGAACUUUUGCAGCAAGAUUCGAAUUCUAUGGACCGUUUGAUGAUGUAUAUGGAAGAAUCGCUCGCCAUGCUGAACAGUGAACUGAAUGAAAUGAACUUUGAACGCGUUUUAGAUGCAAUAUGGAGUGAACUAACAGCUAUACUAUAUGAUCUUAUACAAAGCAAUCUCGAUAAACGCCGUCCGCCUGCUUUUUUUGCUAAUUUACGCGAUACCCUACAUAUAAUGGUAGCAAAUUUUAAGAGUACUCAAAACCGCGAAUCCGAGGCUUCAUCAGACAAAGAAACGUUGGCACACAUUGAACGGCUUUUGCAGCUGCACGGUUAUGAAACAACCGAUCUUAUUCAUCAGUAUUACCUCGAUAGGCUAAAGGAACAGGAAGAAGGAACCGGCGAAUCUUGCGGCAUGUUAACAGUUCAGUGUUUCUUUAAAGAAAAUGUUCUUGAAUUGGAGAUCAUGAAUGCUCGUAACCUAAAACCUAUGGAUGCAAAUGGAUCAUGCGACUCAUUUGUGCGGGUACAUUUUAUACCGGAAGAACGCUUUGUAGGAAUAAUUAAGCCUCGUACACACACAGUGACUAAAUCUCUAUUUCCACUUUUUGAUGAGAAGUUUGUCAUCACGUUUACACAAGAACAGCGUGCCAUAAAAAAUGCAGUUAUAUUGUUCAGCGUAAAGGACAAGGAUUUAUUUGGUAUGUCAAAUCAAUAUUUGGCCGAAUGUUGCAUGUGUUUUAGCGACAUUGCUGAUAUAUCAGGUGAAAGCGGCAAGAUUGAACAAAAGCAUUUGAGACUUACUCGGCCUAAUCGAUUAGAUACGGAUUGUGUAAGGGCGCUGGAAUACCGCCAAGGUGAUAAACAAGCGAAGGACUUCCUUAAAAAACUAAGGCAGAAAAUGGGGCAGUAAACAGGUGUCUCGAUAUGUGUAUAAAAUGCGUGUAUAUUUGUAUUUAUCGCAUCUAGGUCAUCAGUGCAGUGGAGCAAAGACGCGUUCGCCGUAAAUUGCAGCUUUUCGAAUAAACUUAAUUUUUUACUGCUGC